UACGUCACAAGGGCAAUUUGUAUAGAGAGAAAUUACGAGAAACUGCACGGAAAUUGCACUGUUUCUUGUACAAUUUUCAUCAUUUUGCACGCGAUUCCCUUAUAAAUAUAUGAUUAUGUGCCCCUAAAGUGUAUCACAGACUUCGGGAGUGACAAAUUGAUGUUUGUUAGUGUUUUUGUGAGUGUGAAAGUGUAGAGUUGACAAUGGCCAAUAAUCGUAUCCCGUCGGGGCCCAACACUCCAGGAAGCCAGCAAACCCCUACACAACAGGGUAUAAAGAUAUUCAUACAGCGGGAUUACUCCGAAGGAACUGCUGUCAAGUUUCAAACAAGAUUUCCUCCUGAGCUGGAAGAUAGGAUAGACAGACAAACAUUUGAGUUCACAAUGGAGAGGUUGAACGAGCACUUUGAGAUGGCGGAGACAGCAGACUGCAGCACAUACUGUGAGGGGUGCCUGGCUUGCCUCACUGCUUACUUUAUUUACAUUUGCACCGAGACACACUAUGAGAAGCACCUCCGGAAGAUAUCAAAAUUCAUAGCAACACAGAACGAAAGGGUGUACAACCCUCGAGGCAUCCACAUAACGGAUCCCAUACUACGCGGUCUACGAGUGAUUGAGAUAACGAUAAUAGAUGUGCCCAACUGCCAGAGUCCGACGGGUAACUCCACAAAUUCCCAGUUAAGGCACACUUGACCACCACACGAAAACAGGGAGUUCUUCAUGUAACAAUUAAGAUAUUGGUUUUAAUAUAUUCGGUGCUUCAUUACUUCACAAUAAGGACAUAUAGAAAUAACUUAUUAUCUGCCACCAAUCAGGAAAGUUAACUGAUUGGUGGAGAAUGGGAGGAUUGAUCAGGUUUGAUGCAAAAAAAAGUAAAAAUAGUUUCAAAUCGAUCGGACCAUAGUGUUAACUUUUUGUAAGAUGUAGUAACUUUUUUAAGGUUUCUGUAUCUCCAGGGAAACCCUUAAAUUGACACCUUAUGAGACUGUUUCAUUGUCUGAAACCUCUGUCUGUCUGUCUGUCUGUCAUGUCUGAGAGGACCCAUCAUGGGAAUGACAACCUAUAGGGUACUUCUGGCAGGUAGCAAUGUCUUGUAGCACAAGUAAAGGCGAAAAUCUGAAAACUGUGAAUUCGUGGUUACAUCACAAAAGAAACCGGUAAAGUGUGAGGUGAACUCACACAUGAAUGGUUCCGUAUAAGAUACACUGGAAGUUAAAGAAGGACUGCGCCAUUUGUAUGUUACUUUAUAAGUUAAUUUUUUUUUGUGAUGUAACCACAAAUUCACGAUUUUCGAAUUUUUUCCUUUACUUGAGUUACAAGACCUAACUACUUGCCUUUCAUGAUUCUAGGUCAAUGGAAGUACCCUAUAGGUUUUCUUGACAGACACGAUGGAUAGACAGACAUAGACAAACAGACAACAAAAUGAUCCUAUAAGGGUUUGUGUUUUUCCUUUGAGAUAUGGAAUUCUAAAAAAUAAGGUUUCUUGAAAGAUAGUAUGGAAUACUUCAUGUGUGAGUCUGACUCGAAUUUAAUCAGUUUUUUUAAUCUUUUGGUACAUUGUGAACAUGUAGGAAAAGGUUACGACACGCAAACUAUGGCAUCUUUUCAUGAUAACAAUUUUCAACAAUCAAUGAUAAAAAUAUUUUAUCAGAGUGAAUUUUUGAGUGUUGAUUGUUGAUAUAAACUUGAAAUGUAUCUAUUGAAAAUUCUUUAUACUGUCUAUUAUGUUCAAUGUCUCCAAUUGGGAACAUUAUUCAUAGAGUGAAGUAACCACAAUAUAAUUUGUAAGGAUGCUCGCGCACUGUAUCCAAUCUGUAUCAGAGCAGUCAUAGAGGUAAGCA